AUGGAUAAGACCUAUGUUGGAUGUGAUUUUUACUGUGCUGUGGACCUGGGGGCUGGGCCUAUAUCUGAGGUUUUUAGUUCUCAUAGCAGUAGAAAGGCUCAUUUGAGGAGAGCAGAGUAUCUUCUCAAUAUGACUACAGAGAUCACUUACGCUGAAGAGAAGAUCCAAAAUGACCCCCAGUCCUUGGACAUCCCUAAUGAACCCAAGUCCUCAGACACCCCAUCGGAGGCUCCUGUGGCUCCCGAAGAGAAGAGAAAUCCUCUCCAAAGUAAACCUGAUUUUCACAAGCUACUUAUUCCUUUUUUGCUGAUACUUCUACUGGCAGUCUCAUUUUUUAUUGCAUUUGUUGGGAAAAAAUGGAGCUGCUGUCCAGAGAACUGGAUGUCAUUUGGUUCGAACUGCUACUUCAUUUCUACUGAAGAGACAACUUGGGAGAAGAGUAAGAAGAACUGUGAAGGGAUGCAGGCUCACUUACUGGUGAUCAAUAGCAAGGAGGAGCAGGAUUUCAUCACCAAGACUGUAAAUAAAACAACUUAUUUUAUAGGUCUGUUAAGAUCACAGGACAGGAGUCAUUGGCAAUGGAUAGAUCAGACACCGUUCAACACUAGUAUCUCGUUCUGGCUCCCCGGUGAACCCAAUGAUAUAAACGAACCAUGUGGUACAUUACACUUUAAUAAUAAGUGGGGCUGGAAUGAUCUCAGGUGUGAUCGGCAGCAUAGAUCAAUUUGCAAGAUGAUGAAGUAUUCCUCGUGA